UGGUUUCACAUAGAGCAGCUGUUACUACACAGAGCCGUUGUUAACUGAGAAGAUGCUCCAAAAAACGCUGAAAAUGAGGUGGAUUUGUGCAGCUUCUCUAUUAGCAAAGGCUCUGUGUAGUAACAGCUGCUCUAUGUGAAAUCACGCACCUGAUGGAAUUAACCGCUGAUUAGAGAACCGGCUUUACUGACGAGAUGCGCAUAACGAUCGGCCGAUCGUGAUCGGAGCACCCCUACUCGUUACAAUUAUAAAAAUGUUACGAAUCAUUCCAUUACAAACCACUGCCAGAACUGUAGAUGGCAGGUUUGAUGAAGCUGGCACAUCAUUGAGCGAAACAAGCGAUUAAGAAGACUGCGCAUGCUGACUGAACUGCUGUGAAGAGAGAAAUGAACACCGAGCUGAGCCAGAUAGUGACUGCACAUGGGCUCAUAACAUUAACACAGAAUCAGUUCAGAAUCAAUCACCAAAAGAAUCAGUUCGGUUCAGACGCUCUGUGUUUCGGUUUGCUUCACGCUAAAUCACACAUGCGCAGUAUCAUCAGCUCCUCGGUUCAUGAAUCGGACACGUCUGACAGAAACGGUUCUUGACUCGUGAACGAGUCAUUAUCUGGCUCGGCUCGGUGUUCAUCUUCAGUUCUCUCUUCACAUCAGUUCAGUCAGUGUACUGUUUGAGUCAAUUAAUUACUCCGGGAUAUUGGUUUGUUUUAACUCAGAGGAAGUGUCAGACACAUUAAACAAGUUAACAGCUUAAUUCAUCUGUGGAUUAAUGCGUAUUGGAGAAGCGAACCAUUUAAAACGAUUCAGUUCGAUUUGGUGAACGGUUUCAAAAAGAUCCGGUUACAUCGAAUGAUUAUAUCACAAACUGCUUUGUUUUUAACUGUCUUACAACAGACACGGAAGAGAAGACAAUGCUGAACAAAGUCGUAGUUUUUGCUAUUUUUGGACCAAAAUGUAUUUUCGAUGCUUCAAAAAAUUCUAAAUGACCCUCUGAUGUCUUAUGGGUUUGAAACAACAUGAGGGUAAGUUAUUAAUGACAUCAUUUUGCAAAUUGGGCUAACUAACCCUAGUAACCGUUUUUUGUUUACAAGAAGUUACAGUCAAAUGAAUUGUGAUUGUCCUUUAGGUUAAUCAUUUGAAAUAGUAAAAACAAUAUGUUCAAACUUUUGACUACUUUCUUUAAUAACUACAUAACACAAUACUUCUACUUUUACUUUCUGUACUUGAGUAGUAAAUUUUAAAAUAGACUACUUGCAAUACUUAAGUACAAAAAAUGUUGAAUACUUUAGUACUUCUACUUAAGUGUGGUGCUUAAAGAGCACUUCAACUUCUACUCAAGUCACUUUUUUGAUAGAGCACUUGUACUUUUACUCAAGUAUGGGUCUCUAGUACUUUAUACAUCUCUGUACAUUUCUCACACCUGAUAAUGGUAAAAGAUUUAGGUAAGAACAGGUCGUUGCAACUAUUAUGAAAGAUAAAUGUAAUCAUUGCAUGUUUUGAGAGCAAUAAGGCUGACGUGAGCGAUUUCCAUCAUCACCUUACUCUGCACUAAAACAGGAAACAGGAAGUUCUUGCGCUUGUGGCUUUUACGUUGGUUGAUUCUUCACCUUGAUUCAUUUCCAGUUAAAUUCUUACGAAUGAGCUCUGAAUGUGUCACCAUGGCUGCGUUCAGCCACCUUAACUCCAACAAUGGAUGCCAAUAAUAACAAACAUGUAUUAGAAACUGUCCUCUAGUCUAGCAUGUCUAAGUAUCUAAAUGGUCUGUUUUUAGUGAAAAUAAUUUGGAGUGCUAGAAAAUGUUCAGUUUGAGCUGUGUUAAAUUUUGCGUUAGAUACCACUGCAUGUCACCACACAAUCCUUGUGUGUUUGCACUACUUGGUGAACAAAGUUAAUUCUGAUUCUGAUGAAUCUGUACAAAUAGAAGUUGAACAGACUGGAUUUGAUUAAAACAAUUAAAAUUGCUGGAUUUGAUUAAAACAAUUAAAUUUGCAUUUAUUUUUAAUACAUUAAUUUAUUAAUAUUUCAUUUUAAAAAAUUCAAUUAAAUUUAAUUAUUAUUAUUAUUUUUUUUAUUUUUUUUUUUUUUAAGGGAUUGUCCAACUUAAAGCCUUUAUUGAAGCCUUGAAUGCAAUGUUGCUUUGGAUAAAAGCAUUUUCCACAUGCAGAAAUAUUAAUGUAAUGAAAAGUAAUUAUUGAUACUUUGUAGGCCCAAAAUGUAAACUUAAAAUGUUUACAUUUUGGUCUGAUCCCUUUAAUCUCUUUUGACGAUAUCCUGUUUUCUAAAAAGGUCAAGAAAGUGAAGAUGAUGUGAUAUAAGAGUUGAGUUAAUUGCGAUACAUCCUCUUUCAUCUUCUCGUAUCAGUUGAAAAUAACUGAAAUAACAUCAGCUUCACUCAAACUCAUCCUGAGCCCGAUACACAUGCAGACAUAAAGAUACCUCACUUUCUUUUCUUUUUGAGUCAGUAAUAUAGUGCCGAGUUAUAGUAAAAUAAAUAUAAACUGAGGUUUUAGUCUUUAAACUUUGAGAUUAUUUGCUUUGCAGAGAUGAUGAGGAUGAUGUUAGAGAUAAUUUUGCUCCUGACUGAAUCUGUUCUGGUCUCUUCAUAUGCAUUAAACUCCACAGUUCAGUGUGAAAGAUUCGAUAAAGAGAGGACAAUGAAAGUGAGAGCUGGAGAAUCUUUAUAUCUGCCCUGUCCGAAUAGUUAUUGCUUUAGACAGACUGAAAACAGCUCGUAUGUUUGGUUUAGAAACCUCAGCAGAACAAAGCAGAUGGAGCAGAUCGGGACGGAGGAGAGCGAGCGCGUCCAUUUCCACCAGUCUGUUUUAUACAUCCUCUGGUUAAACCUGAACGACACGGGACGAUACAUCACACACUGGUAUGGAGAGGAUGAUUUUUGUGAGGAAUAUGAAACUGUUGUUGUGGUUUAUGAGGAGUUCAGCAUGGAUCUCUUGUACAAAACAGAGCCAGAACAGGUGAUUUCAGGAAUCUACUGUCCCGUCUGUGACGAAGAAGAACAGCAAGGCACUUUCGUCUGGUAUAAGAAUUUCUCUCUUAUUCCAAACCAAGAGUCAGCUCCUGUUUUACGGAUUAGGAACUCUUCAAAACAAAUCGAGGGCAUUUACACUUGUGUUUGCACGUGGGAGCAUCACGGGAUAAAACACAAGUCCUCCGGAUCUCGCAGAAUUGUCAUCAAAGAACAGACCAUCAACGUUUCUCCAAAGUUUUCGCUGCCCAUCAAUAACUCGGUUGUGUUCACUGAUGUGGGUUCAGAAGUGAUCCUUAAUUGCUCAGUCUACUUUGGACAGUCUGUGUGUUCACAGUGCUCUAUUCACUGGGAGAAGGAUGAUAUCCGUCUGCAUGAGGUGGAUGGAUAUGAGCAGAAAGACAGAAAGAUUGAUGGAACCCUUCAGUCACUUUUAAAAAUUACUAAAGUUUCUGAGUCGGACCUCCAUUCUGAGUUUCGAUGCAAAGCUCAGGACUCUUAUGAAGUGGUUUUCGUGUCCGUCACUCUGAAGAGUCGAGCAUCGGUGCUCUCUGUGAUUGUGGCGUGCAUUUGCACGUCUCUUGUUCUCCUGCUGCUCGCUGGAGGGUUGAAGUGGUUUGCAUUGGAUCUGGUGCUGUUCUCCAGGCAGAUUUUUGUCAAGCUCUACAGGAAAGAGGAUGGGAAACUGUAUGACGCUUAUGUGAUUUACCAGAGAAACAACUUGGAUGAGGCCACAAGCAAAACUGUGUGUGACUUUAUCAAUGGAUCUCUGCUGACAGUGCUGGAAAGCUACUACGGCUUUAAACUUUUCAUUCACGGCAGAGAUGAUCUGCCCGGGGAAGACUGCAUGAAUCUGAUUGAAACGGAGAUCCAGCUCAGCCGGAGACUCAUCAUCGUUUUAACACCAGGAGCAAGUUCAGAUAAAAGCAGCGACUCUCCUGAAGCGUAUGAUCUCCAGGUAGGUCUCCAUCAGGCUCUGGUCCAAGGAGAAACCGGCGUGAUUGUCAUCCAGCUGGGACAGAUGCAGGACUACACACAUCUGCCCCUCGGACUGCAACAUCUGCUCUGUAAGAAUUCACCUUUACUCUGGAAAGACGGCGAAUCCUCGCCCAACUCCAGGUUCUGGAAACGAGUGCGAUAUCAGAUGCCUGUUGUGUCGUCCUUUCAGAGGAGUUCGAGAAAGGAAUCGCUGAAGGCGUCGCUUCAAUGUCAGGGUUUAUUGGUUUGAUGCAAGAGAUGCAUCUCGGGUUCAUGAGAAGAACUUAAGAAAUUAAUUUUCAUUUGCAUUUAGUCAUUUAGCAGACGUUUUUAUCAAUGGAAGCAAUCAAAAGAUGAUAUGCAAGUUUUAUAAUAAUUUAGCUGAACGCAGUACACAUAGCAAGGCUUUUAAAAUGAUAUAAGCCAUAUAAUAAUAAAAAAACAACAAAAACGGUUUAAAUAAAAUAAAAAGACUGAAUAGGAAAAUAAUAGACUAGAGCAAGCUAGUGUUAAAAGCCUUUUUCUUUUGUUAAUUGUAUAAUAAAUAAAAAAGAAAACAAAUACAUAGAAUAUAAAAAAGAUUAGAGAAGUUAGUUUCGUUUUUCUUUUUU